AGACCGUCAAUUAUUUACGGGACACGUUUGCAUACUGUCUUUGUCUCUCGUUGAUCAUGGAUCGUUGGUUAGAAGUUUUCAUGGUUUUUGCUAUCAUUUUCAACGUGAGCAAUGGUGAAGAAGAGAAAGUAACGAUCAAGGUCGAAUAUAAACCACCAGAAGAAAAAUGCCAGCGAAAAUCGAAGGACGGGGAUUUCCUUGCGAUGCAUUACACAGGACGUCUCGAAAGGGAUGGCUCGGUGUUCGAUUCCAGUCACAAUCGCGGGCAUACUUUUGAUUUUACAAUGGGAAAAGGUAUGGUAAUCCAAGGUUGGGAGCAAGGACUCAAGGACAUGUGUGUUGGAGAGAAAAGAAAACUUAGGGUUCCAGCACACCUGGGUUACGGAGAUCGGGGAGCUGGUGAUGUUAUCCCUCCAGGAGCCAAUCUUUUGUUUGAUGUUGAACUAAUGGAAAUUAGAGCUGGAGAGGAUGAAGACGAUGGUUCACAAUCAGCACCAAAUGUGUUUGGCAUGAUCGACAAAGAUAAAAACAAUGAACUAAGUAUAGAAGAAGUCAAAGAGUAUUUGAAGGAACAGCAAGGAUUCCCAAAUGAGGAUGAAUCUAACCAUGAAACUAUUUUAUCUGAAAUAUUUGAGCAUGAAGACAAAGACAAGGAUGGGGUUAUUUCCUUUGACGAGUUCAGUGGCCCAAAACAUGAUGAACUUUAGUAAAAAAGUUGAGUAGUAAAAUUGAGUUCUUUGUUUAUACUCUUAGCUUAUGUACAGCCACACUCCUGGUGUAGGGCUGAUGCCCCCAGUGGAAUUUUUCCACUUUUAGAUAUAUUGAAUAGAACUGUAUCUAGUCAAAAUUGUUUUCUAAGUGCUCUGUAUGGCAGAUGAAACAUUAAUACAUCAAUACAAUCUUGGCUGAUACUGCGAUUAUUAUUGUGUAUUUAUAUUCAAACUCCAGCCGUAAAUUUUGUAAACAAUUUUGCCAUUCCAAACUUUGCCAUCGAGUUAAUUACAUUAAAUGUUUGAAUUUGUUCAUAACAUGAUUCUUAGUGCAGUUUGUAAUAAAUUAUGAGUACAGUA